CUGCUUACCCCAAGUCACCAACCCAAUCGCCAAAAGAAAAAAAGAAAAACGAAAACGAACAUUUCACAAUGGCCGGCGAACCGGGAGAGGCCAUGGCCCACAGCGCCUUCGACACCAUCUUGGUGCUCGAUUUUGGCUCACAGUAUACCCACCUGAUCACCCGCCGUCUUCGUGAGCUCAAUGUUUUCUCGGAGAUGCUCCCGUGCACACAGAAGCUCUCAGAACUCAAGUUCAAACCCAAGGGGAUUAUCCUCUCUGGUGGGCCUUACUCUGUCUACGAGGAGGGCAGCCCUCAUGUCGACCCGGCCGUCUUUGACCUGAAUGUACCCAUUCUGGGCAUUUGCUAUGGCAUGCAGGAGCUCGCGUAUCGCCUCAACCCAGAAAAUGUCAUUGCGGGGACGCACCGCGAGUAUGGUCACGCCAUGCUCAAGGCGCGGUCUCUCGAUAACCACGUAGACCGCCUCUUCGAAGGGAUCGAAGAGUCCAUGCGAGUGUGGAUGAGCCACGGCGACAAGCUCGCCAAGCUUCCCGAGGGCUUCCACACGGUAGCCACGUCCGACAACUCAGAAUAUGCCGCCAUCGGCCACGAGACCAAGCCGAUCUACGGCCUGCAGUUUCAUCCCGAGGUGACACACACACAGAACGGAUCGAAGCUCCUCAAGAACUUUGCCGUCAACAUCUGCGGCUGCAAGCAGGAAUGGACGAUGCAGAAAUUCCUGGACGAGGCAAUCGCACAGAUUCGCCACACUGUCGGCGAAAAGGGGCAGGUCCUUGCCGCUGUUAGUGGUGGCGUUGAUUCAACCGUGGCCGCGAAAUUGAUGAAAGAGGCGAUUGGCUCGAGGUUUUGGGCCGUGCUGGUUAACAAUGGCGUUAUGCGCCUGAACGAAUGCGAGCAGGUUCAGAAGGACUUAAGCGAGGCACUUGGCAUCAACCUCACAGUUGUUGAUGCCUCACAGCAAUUCCUUGACGGCCUGAAGGGCAUUGAAGAUCCCGAGAAAAAGCGAAAGUUUAUUGGUGGCAAAUUCAUCGACAUCUUCGAGGAGGAAGCUAUCAAGAUUGAGAAGGCUGCCGCCAGUGACCCAACAAAGGCCGGCAAGAUUGAGUUCUUCAUGCAAGGCACUCUCUAUCCGGAUGUGAUCGAAUCGCUAUCGUUCAAGGGCCCUUCGGCCACUAUCAAGACUCACCACAAUGUCGGUGGCCUCCCUGCGCGUAUGGCCAACGGGCAGGGGCUCAAGCUUAUUGAACCCCUGAGAUCCUUGUAUAAGGAUGAGGUUCGCGCCCUUGGUCGUGCUCUAGGAAUCCCGGAAGAGCUCGUGAUGAGACAUCCUUUCCCUGGACCUGGUAUUGCUGUCAGAAUCCUGGGCGAAGUGACACCUGAGAAGGUUGAGAUUGCCCGCCAAGCCGAUCAUAUUUUCAUCUCGGAAAUCCGCAAGGCUGGCAUCUAUGACCGGAUCUCCCAAGCGUAUGCCGCCGUCGACCCCAGCCGUGCCGUGGGAGUAAUGGGUGAUAAGAGAGUUUACGGUUAUAUCGUUGUCCUCCGCGCCGUGACCACGACCGACUUUAUGACCGCCGAAGCCUACAACUUCCCCUGGGAAUUCCUACAGCGGGUGAUGAACAGGAUUGUUAACGAGGUCCACGGCGUUUGCCGUGUCGUCUACGACAUCACCUCGAAGCCUCCCGGAACGAUUGAACUUGAGUAAGCGCCAUGCUACACGACGAAACGAUUCAGACACGAUCAGCACUACGGAUAUGAAACUCGACGUGCCCACGUUGUGCACGAGGCACAACUUGCCAUGUCAAGACUUCACGCACAGUAUAGGGGUAUCUGGGAAAUGUUUCAAUGCCAUCCAUCAUGGCUGACGUCGGGCAGUGGGUGCUCAAUCAUGAUAAGCAGUCGAAUUGAGACCAUAGAAAUUGAGAUCUGCAUUUUCUGCCGAG